UUGGGAGAUUAGCUGGUGGUUUAUCAGAAAGUAUAGCAGGAAAAACUUAUCAUUGCUAAGACCUCAGAUAUUAACUAACUGCAAGUUUCUGGCUAGAAGGAACAGGCUGAGAGAGGAGGACAUGCUGAAGGAGCUCCAGCUCUCCCUGUGGGUCGUCCUGCUGCUUGCCUGUGGCUUCCUCUACCAGCUCACCCUGAAGUCCAGCUGCCUCUUCUCCUGCCUGCCUCCUUCCAAGGCCCUGCGGGAUCCAGAAGCCCUCCUGGGCCAGGGACGCAGCAUCGUGUUUCUGGAGACCUCGGAGAGAAUGGAGCCAUCCCCGCUGGUCUCCUGUGCUGUGGAGUCAGCUGCCAGGAUUUACCCUGAGCAGCCUGUGGUGUUCCUUAUGAAGGGUCUCAACGAUUCCACACAGCUGCCCCCAAACUCCACUGCCUCGGCCUUUUCCCUCCUCUCAGCGAUAGACAAUGUUUUCCUCUUCCCUUUGGAUAUGAAAAGGCUGUUUGAAGACACGCCAUUGUCUUCAUGGUACGCUCAAGUCAACAGCAGUACAGAGAGACACUGGCUCUACGUCAGCUCAGAUGCGUGCCGCCUGGCGGUCAUCUGGAAGUACGGCGGCGUCUACAUGGACACCGACGUCAUCUCCAUCAGGCCCAUCCCUGACGAGAACUUUUUGGCUGCGCAGUCUUCUAAGAUCUCUAGUAACGGGGUGUUUGGAUUCCUCCCCCGCCACCCCUUCCUGUGGGGGUGCAUGGAAAACUUUGUUGAACACUACAAUUCAGCCAUUUGGGGCCACCAGGGUCCCCAUUUGAUGACGAGGAUGUUGAGAGUAUGGUGCAAACUCGGAGACUUCCAAGAGGUGAGCGACCUCAGGUGUUUGAACCUGUCCUUCUUACACCCCCAAAGAUUUUACCCCAUCCCCUUUCGACAGUGGAGGCGCUACUAUGAAGUCUGGGACACAGACCCGAGCUUCAACGACUCCUACGCCCUGCAUCUGUGGAACUACAUGAACAAGGAAGGGAGGACCGUGGUUCAAGGAAGCAACACGCUGGCGGAGAAUCUCUACCGGAAGCACUGUCCCAGGACGCACAGGGUCCUGAUUCAAGGCUCAGAGGGGUCGGUCACCCAGGAGCUGGGUCCAGGUGAUACGUAGAGCCGAGGCUGGGUUGCUCCUGCUACGUCGUGGAACUGGGCAAUUUCUGGAGUGCCAGGCUCUCACUGGAUCUCCACUUCCCCAGGGGUGUGGGGGUUUACUCACGAUAUCAGUUAGGAUUAGCUUUCUCUGUCUAUAAUAGAAAAGUCCCAAAGACCAUUGGUAUAUAACAUAUGGAGGUUUAUUUCUCUCUCAUGUAGAAGAAGUCUGAAGGCAGGCAAUUCAGGGCAGGUGUGGUCACUACAGUGCUCAGGGAUCUAGGCUUCUUGCAUCUUUCUGUUUAUCAUCCUUCAUGUCCACAGCCCGUGGUCCAUAUGGCUGCUUGAUCUCCAGCCCUUCAUGUCUGCAUUUCAGGCAGCAGGAUGAAAGAAGGAGGAAGGGAAUACCUCCUCUGUUUUAUGAAGACUUCCUGCACCUACCAUACAGCACUUCCCUUUACAUCUCACUGGUCAGAAUGUAGCUGCAAGAGAGGCUGGGAAGUUUAAGGAGGAAGAAGAAAUGGGGUGUUGGGAUAGGCAGCUACAUGUUACAUUUACUUCUGCAAGAUUAAUUCCAGCACCUGUUAGAGAACUGACUGAGGAAAAAAGAGACUUGAUUUCUAGUACUGAUUUUGACAGUCAUUAAUGCAUUCAGUCAAUAAAUAUUACUUGAGCCUCUUCUGUGUGCCAAGUGCUAACUUAAGAGCUGAACAUACAGCUGGAUCAAGCAGACAAGGUCCUGUCUUAGUUCUGGCUGCAAUAACAAAGUACCAUAGACCAGGUGGCUUAUAAACAACAGAAAUUUAUUUCUCACAGUUGUGGACGCUGGAAGUCCAACAUUAGGCUGCCAUGAUGGUCUUAUUCUAGUGAGGAUCCUCUGCUGGGUGACAGCACACUUCUUGUUGAAUCUUCUUAUGGUGAAAGGAGUCAGGGGAGCUCUCUAGGGUCCCUUUUAUAGGAGAACUAAUCCCACACGUAACGACUCCACCCUCAUGACCUAAUUUCCUUCCCAAAGACCCUGCCUCCUAGUAUCAUCACAUCAAGAGUUAGGAUUUCAACACGGGGAGUUUUGGGGACACAAACAUUCAGUCCAUUGCAGGUCUCUAGUACUUAUAUUCUGUGACUGUCCACAUCCCCCUGGGAUAGUCUCCUCCCCUCCUCAGGGGGUCUGCUAUUCCCUACCACACCCCAACUGGCUCAAAAAAACAAAUUACAAAUUCAAAAAUUUAAAAACUGCUGCCCCUUUUACAGUCACAUAAAACUUCACCUCCUCUUUCCAGGAGGUAUGAGAAUUAAUAUUUCUUCUACAAAUACUCAUCAGCCAAGAUUUUCUAGAACUUUCCUUUUGGUAGUUUGCUUUAUGGGAAAAAAUAGUUUAUAUUUUUUUCCAAAUAUAAAAUUAUGAUGCUUUUUCAAGCUAUAGCCACCCAUCCCCUUUCAUUCUGGUAUUUCCCCCUUUGAGAAUCACUGCUCUGACAGUCUUUGUAAAAAUACUCACAAAUCAUGUCUCCUGCCCCAGCUUUAUUUAUUCCCAGCUGCUGGCUCUGGAUUCUUAGCUAUCUGACACCACAGUUAGGUUUUGAGGCCUGCUGCUACUCCCCAUGGCUGCCCUCUGAGUUGUGUCACCAGAAACCCUGCUGGUUUUCAGCUCUCCAAUGGUCUCCCCAGGGGAGCAUUCCUAGGGCUAGCCCUCUCGAGGAGGGGUAGGGUCCCACACACUGGAUCUCAUUUCCCCAUCUGGAGAACGCACGACAAGGGGUUCUCCAACUAACGUUCCCAACCCCUAGGGUCCUGAAGCAUUUGGUUAGAAAUAUUUCAAUAUUUCAAAAGUGUAUCAACUGUUUCAUGAUGGGAGCAACUAGGUCAACCUGAAUGUCCCAUUUCUAUGUGCUGGGCUGUGAUUAUAUGAAUUCAGUAUUGAUAAUUUGACAUUUAUAGGGAGCUUUAACUGUCAGCAAAAUGUUUUUGAUUAAUAAAAUAUAGGAAAUAAUGAUGCAUUAAUUAAUAAAUGUAGUUUAUUUAGUAGAAAAGAAUACUCAAAACACGGCGAUGAGGGGGGAUUGGGCAAAGUAAGGAGCAGAGGUGGUAGAAGGAUGGGAUUUCUGGGGCUCUGGAUGAGCCUGGAUUCCUUCUGGCCUUUUGUGUGUCUGGGCCGCUUGUUUAUGUCAUGAUACAUUUUGAAAAUAGGCCAUGCUGGUGUUUCCCCCAUAUUAAUUUUUUUCAAAUCCUGCAUUCCUUCUUUGACUUUCAAACUAACAAGAUUUUACGGAGAAAAAAAUUGGCUAUAGAAUGUUUCAUUGUAGGGUAUGUCAUAAACUAUUUGAAUCAAUACCCAACUGGUGGAAAUUUAAGUUGAUUCUAAUUUUAAUAGUACAUGUAAUGCUGUAGCAAAAGUCCUGGUUACCACAUUUUUGAAGACUUUAGGUUUUGAUAUGUGCUGCCAAAUUGUUUUAAAAAAGGCUAUUUGAAAUUGCCCAUUUCCCAUCCUUCACCAAUGCCAAAAAUCUAUUUAAUUUUGACCAAUAUAAUAGUUUAAAAAGUGUA